GAAGUUUCUGCUUUUUUUUUAUCACGUGGGCAAAGGCUGCAGAAGUUCUGAAGGCCAUGAAUCUGAGUCAGGGGGAGGUUUAGGUUGGCUGUCAGGAAAAUGUUUUCUCCACAGGGUGAUCAGACAGCAUCGAGCCUGUCUGAGUUCAAGGAGCAUUUAGACAAUGCUGUCAAGCAGAGGCUGGAAUUCUUGGGGUGUCCUGUGCAGGGCCUGGAGUUGGUAACCCUGAUGGGUCCCUUCCAACUCAGUGUAUUCUAUGAUUCUUGAUUAAACCCAACAGGUGAUGACUCCAAAGUUUGCCCCUACUUCAGGGAUAUUGCUGAAGUCAUUAACUAGUGUCCAUGGAGGUUUCUGGAUCAGCUGACUAGAGCUAAGCCAAGAUAAACACUGCACAAGGUCCUGAGGAGACAAAGCUUUUGCUUGUCAGGCAAAGUGUCUUAGAAAAAUAAGCCCACUUACUUGAGGCUUAUCAUCUGAUACAUAACUGCAGUUGCUUCUCUGCUGGGUAGGGCAGGCUCCACCUCUGGGCACUUUGGAAAUUUCAGUGAAUAUCUGAUAGCCACAGAAAGGAAAUAUAAGAGACCUAAACAGUAACAUAGCAUUUUUCACCUUUGGAAGAAGCACUUCUUGCUUCUGGCCAGUGGAUGUUAAAAUCACACUGUUAGCUUUUGAUGUUGAUGUUUGAUUCUGAUGUCUUCUGUGCUACCAGACAUGUGACAUUUUCCUCUAUUUUUUUUGUCUUUCACAUUUUCAGAGCCCUGAGAUUUCUAGGUGUUUGUGUCCUUUCCCGGCUUCACUACUUUGUGAUUUUAUUUAAUACAGCUUGGUUUGGAUGCUUUCUUUGGUUAAAGGUUUCCCUAGUGACUGAAAGCAUCACAGAUCACAUCAGGGCUUUUUUUGCUGAUUUGUUAAGCUGUGAGCAGUGGCCUUGGACCAGGCUGCCUAUGGGUUGGAUGGGAGAAUAGUAUUAUCUCAGCUUUAUUAUUAAUUCAGCUUUGUACAGGACAGCUUUCAUGUGGCUGUAUUAAAGAAAAGAUUGGUGUUCAUAUAAUGAUGAAUACCCCUCUUACUAGUUCACCAAGAAAAGCAACUUCCCUCAUUAGAGGCAAGUAAGCAAAUGGAUUUUUCAAGCAGCUUGUGGAUGGAUUAUAUUACAUUCUGGAAACUAGCUGAUACUUUGCUCUGACAAGUUUGGACUACUGUGUGAUUCCCAGGGCACUAGGAAGAUUAAAAGAUCUUGCUUUGUUUUUUAACUUGAUUUGAUUAUUUUUUCCCAUGCUAAAACAACAGUGAAAACUAAAGACAUUUAAUUUAAAAGUUUGCCAACACGAAAUACGUGUUCUGCCAUGGGAAAUGGAGAUAGGUGAGCUGAAAACCACAGACUUUUCAAUGAAUGAGUCACAAAGACUACAAAACUAAAAUGUUGCCUUUCUUCCUUGUUUCAGACAGCCAUUCCCCAGUCUCUUGCUAGAUAAGUGUGAGCUUGUCCUGGGCAAACAGUUUUCAGCAUUAAGAAAUCCCUUGUUGUCAAGUCUGCCACUUCUGCUCUGAGCUGCAAAGACAGGAAUUGGGAGUUAAUAGUUGUACCUACACUUUAUUCUGUUCCUGAGUUAGGGCCUGACUCCCUGUAAAAUACCACAAAAGUGGGGAAGAUUCUUACUCAGAAGGGGCCUGGAAAUAUCACACGCUGCUGCUAUUCAUUGGCAUGAUCUGCUUACUGGUUCUGUGAGAUUGUAAAGAUGAGCCUUGUGAUAGAAGUGGUUCCAAGAAAGCUGCAUGACUGAGCUGUGUUUGUGCCAGAAUGUAGCAGUACCUUAGCCUUGGGGUAGUUCUAAGCUCCUUGCAGAGCUGUAAAAUUAAGGUGGCAGUGCAGUGGGUGGGGAGUGCUCAUUGAACAGGUUCUAUGGCUCUGUUCUAACAGCCAUGCUCAGCAAAACACGGGGGAAGCAGCACAGCCAUGCUUUGCCAUGACAGCUUGACACCAGUGGUUAUUGAAAUAAUCAUGCAGAGCCUCGAAAUGCAAUGUUUGACUUUGAUCAAGCCUGGACAAUGCCCUACCAUUCAUGUGCCUGGAAACACACGUUUUGUGCUUAGGCAUUUUUAAAUGCUCAGUCACAGAGGCAAGGAAUAAUAUAGAGAUGUCUGUAUGGCAUGUGAUUAAACCUCCUACUCAAAGCAAGGCAAACUGCAAAGUUAGAUCAAAUAGCUCAAGUCAAAAAUCAGCUGAGUUUUAAAAUAAGAACAGAGCCAUGUCAGCCCCAUUGGACAGCCUGUCCCACUGCUUAAGCACUCUCAUUAUUGUCACUCUGUUGUAAUAAUGAGGAGCAUCCUCACAGGUGGCCACUCAGAUUCUUAUUUUGGUUUUGUGUGUUCUCAGGUGAAUGUCACUCACAGAGUAGGUGAGCUCACUGGAAAAUAGAAAUUUAGAUACAACAAGAAAAUAAUUGUAAUUUGGAACUGUUUCAUUUUUAACUUGGUCAAAAUGCAAUCUUGUGCUGAAGCAUGUUUAAAGGAGUCCCUGUUCCAAAGAGUUUCCCAUCUAAUGAGACCCUGGCAGACCUAGGCUCUUUUUAUGCUUGGCAAUUAGUUCCAUCUCAUGCUGGGGUUUGCAGAGGAGGUAGAAAUUCUCCUGAGCUCUCCCCAGUUUCCAAUGGGGUGCUUUUAAUUACACAGCCAUCCUUUUUCCCAGAAGAGAUGGAGACAAAGGACCCACCUUUCUUAUUUUCUGCUCCCACCACUAGUUCAUCAAUAACUUUGGAGUUAUUUUCUCAAAAGAAGAAAUGUAUGUCUGUCUUAGCUACAGACUUAAGUCCUUGGAUAGAUGGAAACAUUUUAAAUUCUUCUGCUGUUUUAUCAGGAGACUGCCUGCAAAUUAACUAAUCUCACAUAGUAAUUUGUAGUUUUUCAUUAACACUGUAUUUUCUAUGUUAAAGCAUACCAACACCACUAGCCAAUUCCAUACUGUGCUGAAGAACUGUCAGGUAAAUUGGACUAAUAACUGAAAAGGGAAUAUCUUGGUUUUAUUUCAGCAGUCAUUCACAGUAUCAGCCCUUUAUGCUGGUGAUUAAACAUACUUCAUAAUUUAGUAACUGCAGUAUUGAUCUAGGCAGCUUUUAAAAAAACCCACCCUGCCUAAUUAUGUUAACUGGUGAGCUUUGAGGGGUCUUGAGGGUAUGUAACAUGCAAUUAAAUACUACCUAAUUAAGAAUUUUCCUGAUGUUGUGAUAGUCUCUUGAGUAAAUUCUAUUUGCAUGUCUCCAUUCUCAUAUCCAGGAAUAUCUUGUAUUUUACUGAUUAGCAGUUUUUCCAGCGUGUCUGUGGUACAAUUUGGGAGAAGGGGAAGCACAAGGGGUGCUGAAGCAUUUUCUAAGCUUUCAUGAACAAGUAAAGAAAUUAAUCAGUAAAAAUCUGUGUAAGCAGUGUUGGAAGUUUCAGCAAAGUCUGUGAGUGCUCAGCAGCUGUGAUGGGGCAGUGCAGAGAAGGAAGAGCAGGAAAUCAUUUGCAUUGUGGUGUCCUGGCAGAGCAGUGUGAGCCCAGCCCUGUGCUGUCCUGACUGUGCUGCACUUAUGUCACAGCUUCACAGCUUCACUCUCUUCUCCAGCAACUAGUUUUGUUUUCAGUUAGAGCACAGAGAGAUGUUUUAAGUCAAGGAAUCUAGCAGGGUGUCAGUAGAUCUUAAAUUUUUGUUGUGUCUCAAUGCUCCUAUCUGCAUACAGCUUUCCUAUGUCCACUGAGUAACUUAGGCUUUUGUUGUGUACUCAUUUCCCAAUUUUCUUUUUUUUUUCCUUUGGUGGGGGGGGAGUGUGCUUCAGAGGGGUUUUGGUAAUGUGGGUUUGGUUUUUUUAAUACCAAGGGCAGCAGAAAUGCCAGUUUGAAGCCUUUCUCUCAGCUAAGAAAAAAUGAAAGUGCACCUGUAUCCCAUGGAUCCUCUGAUAUGUCCAGGCUUCAGCCUCUCUUUGGUGAGGCUGUUAAUAGAGCCUGUCUUCCAAAUUCCUGCUUUCACAAAUGUUUAGAGAGCAAAUAUGAGUGAUCUCCCUUUGCUGGAGUGACCAGCAGGCUGUAGAUGGAGAAAAAGCCUGAAGUGAUAUAUUUUUGUUCCUAUUUUUUCUCUGAAUAAACAUGUAGGGUAUGUUUCCUUGGUUACAAAAAUGGCAAGUGGUGGUGAAGAGAAUCCUUGUAGCACUUAGUACUGUAUGAUCCCUUUUUUCUUGGAUUUGUUCCAUUACAUACAAGGACCAGGAUCAUUAAGGACACCUGCAAAGUACAGAAUUUGUGACAGCAUUACCUUAGUGCUGCUCAGGGCACUGCUGGCAGUGGGACCUUGUGGCUUCAGUGGGAGAGAAAAGCUGUGUGCUCUGGCAGGAUCAGGUUCCCAGAGUGCUGGAAGAAGCCUUCAGGUCUGUUUAUACUGCAGUGAGAUUGAACAGACUGGAAGGAGGUAAAAGAAGGAUUUGCUGAGGACUGGAGGGAAAUUCUUGGAGCUGCAGGCAUGGCUGUCUAUGGGUCUUUUGGUGAUGGGAUGCCAGAUUGGUCAUGUAUAAACUGUGCUAGCACAGUGUUAAUCAGAUUGCCUGGCUUUCUGUGCAAACCCUUCUGGAGUUCCAAAAUUAAUAACCCAUUUGGAAAAGGCUAAGUGGUCCCUGAAUCAGAUGUUGACAGAGAUGACAAGAAGAGUGAGUGACUGCAGUGCAGCACCACAGGACAUACUCAGCAACAGAUGUGCAGAAAAAUAGCUUUGUCUUCACUGUCCCAAUUGCUUCACCAUCUUUCUGCACUGGUUCAUGGGUCCAAGCCACUCUUGCACCCAUCCCUUGGGAACAAGAUGGUGCCAUUUCAUGUUGAUCCUCCCAGAUUUCUCCCAACAUGCUAACCUGUCUUCCUGUUUGUUGUUCUUUUUUCAUAGGCUAUCAUUCUGGUACAUUGGCUGCUCACAGUGUGGUGAGUGAUUAGUGUCUGGCCUGGGGGAGAAGAGGGUAUUCCUUCAAACCAGGAAUGGCAUGUUCCCUGGGAAUCAGCAAUCCCUGUUUGCAAGAAAACCCUAAAUCUAAGAGUGAGGUGUUUGUAUGGGAACAGGGAAGAAUCCAAACUGUUGCAGGCUUAUUGUGAAUGUGAGCUGGAUUUUUUUUGUCUCAUUUGGCAGGGGAUGCAUGAAUUACAUGUUGCCUGUCUCCUAUGCCUGGGGAAAUUUCAGUGUCCUUGCAGUGGGGAUCUGGGCCAUUGUGCAGCGAGAUUCCCUUGAUGCCAUAACGAUGUUCUUGACUGGCCUGCUGCUCACAGUCCUCACGGACAUCAUUCACAUCUCUAUCUUCUACCCUUCCCACGACUACCUCAGUGAUGCCAAGCGGUUCAGCGUGGGCAUGGCCAUCUUCAGCCUCCUCCUCAAACCCCUGUCCUGCUACCUGGUGUAUCGGAUGUAUCGGGAGCGUGGAGGAGAGUACACCUUGAACAUAGGUGUCAGCAGUGCAGGCCGGGACAGCAGCAGCUACGAGCCCAUUGAUCAGCCAGAGGCUCCUCCACAGUGGCCUUCCUCAAGCAAGGCAGCCCAGCCACCCUACUGAGCACCCUGCAGCCAGCACUGACACUGCCCCUGCCCAGCCAGGCCUUCCUCCUCCCACUGAGCAGCACCUGCUACUGGGAAAAUAAGAGAAGAGCUGGUGUUUCUUUUGCCUGCCUAAAGGUUGGGUGGUGCAGUAAGUCCCGAAGAUCUUGGAGGUGUCAUGUUAAGCACUGUGUAAUCCCAAUACUCUCUUCCCUCCCCCUAAAUCCUCUGUACAUGUGAUGGAUGCACCUCCUACAGUCUUCCACUGUGCUUCCUCUUCUUUAUAAGAGAACCACUCAAAGCACUCCUGGACAAGCAAUCUUUAAAAGGCUCAUGGACUGCCCUAAAGCAACACAGUUUAGCCUGAUUUUAUGCAAUAUAUUUCCAGGAAACACCUGGGAGUUCCCAAGAGCUGUUUUUGAUGGCAUUAUUUAACUUCUUGUGCUCCCAGGAUCUGGUAUUGGGUUUUAUUAACUGAUGCUUUUAUGCAAGUUGAAUGUCCUUCAGGAUACUUAAAGUGACUGUUGAAUGUAGAUUACAGAUCCUUUGUGCCUUGAAAUGUCCUUUUGCCUUCAGCUGAUUGUCUUAACAGAAGUUGAAAUGUUACAUUUUUCUAAGAAAACUAUAAAAUGAACACAGUUUUCCUGUGUUAGAAAAAGUUA